UACUAUAGUAACCAAAUGUCUGUCUUCUGCAAAAUGACUACUGUUAAAUUAAACUAAAUGGAAAAUCUUGUCAUUGACUUUAUAAUUCCUUGCUAUUUUAUUAUAUUUGUUACAUGUCAUAGACACUGGGAAGAGGCACAUGUGGGGAUUCCCAGUGGACAGCAGCACGAGAGGCUUCAAGGAAGUGGAGGUCGCUGUGUGUCCACAUGGAUUAAUGUGUCUUUUGUGUCACUUUCACUUCAGGGACAGCAAACAGGUCGCCGUGGUGUAUUUUAGGAACGGUUACAUGCCUGACAACUACACUUCUGAACAGAGCUGGGAUGCUCGUCUUCUGAUGGAGCGCUGUCGAGCUGUGAAGAGUCCAGAUAUCAGCGCUCACCUGGCUGGUACCAAGAAGGUUCAGCAAGUGCUCGCCAGACCUGGAGUCCUGGAGAGGUUCUUCCCGGACCAGCCUCAAGCUGUGCAGCAGAUCCGAGCGACAUUCGCUGACCUCUACUGAUGAUAAUACUUUUGAAAAUGGCAGUUUAAUUUAUUGGGCAAUUAUAAAAUCGUAUUUCUUAGGCUGGCUUUUAAGGAAGGAGAAAAGGUAUGUAUCAGUUGGCUGGGAAGAAAGAUGGAGGUGGAAAGGAUGUGCAAGCUAUGGGACAAAGUUGCUGAGACCAGGUUAAACAGAGGUGACGAUCAGUGAGCAGG